AAAGUCCUAAUUUCUAACCUACCUGCAUGUUUAUCUACCUAAGGACACCCGGGUCAGAUAAUCCUAUCCCCCAACAUGUCCUCGUCAACAAUAAACCCAGACCUAGCCCGGGAGAGGGCUGGAGCCACAUUUGACUGUGAAGAGGUGACCAACUUUUUAUACCGUGGACCCGAUAAUGUACGCAAACGUCGUUAUUUACACAAUGCAGCCAUUCAAGACCCAGUACUUAGUGGAGCCAAACCCUGGGCUUUCCAAGACAGGAAUGAACAAUACGAGACAGCUUUGUGGAAACAUAUUUACAUAUUGAAAAAAUUAGAAGAAAUGGGCGUCACCGAUCCUGCAGAGAGAUUUUACUUCACAGAGGCUGGAGCUCCCCAGGAGUAUAGUCCCCUUUCAUUGCAUACGGGCAUGUUUAUACCAUCCAUUGAGAAACAAGGGACAAAAGAACAAAUAGAGAAAUGGCUCCCUCUCGCAAGAAGUCUUCAACUGAUUGGAACCUACGCUCAAACAGAAAUGGGUCAUGGUACCUUUAUUAGAGGACUUGAAACAACAGCUACGUAUGAUCCUUCUAAACAAGAGUUUGUGCUGAACUCUCCAACUGUGACGUCCAUGAAGUAUUGGCCAGGAGGAUUGGGGAAAACGUCCAAUUGCUGCCUGGUAAUGGCCCAACUGAUUACCAAGGGGAAAAGGGAAGGCAUUCAUCUGUUUUUUGUUCAGCUUAGAGAUAUGAAAACACACCAACUUUUACCAGGGGUAGAAUCGGGGGACAUUGGAACAAAAUUUGGAUUUGGAACAAACGACAAUGGGUACCUAAAGCUGACCAAUGUCAGAAUUCCCAGAGAUAACAUGCUAAUGCGAUAUGCUAAGGUUCUUGAGGAUGGAACGUUUAAGCAACCAGCCAAUCAGAGAAUAGGAUACGGGACGAUGGUUUAUGUCCGGGCUCGGAUUGUUACUAACAGUGCCCGUGGGUUAGCCCAGGCAUGUGUGAUUGCAAUUCGUUACAGCGCUGUGCGUCGCCAAACUGAAGUUUCUCCAGGAGGAAGUGAAGCACAGAUUAUCGAUUACCAAACUCAGCAGUACAAAUUAUUCCCUCUUGUUUCCACUGCUUAUGCUAUGUAUUUAACUGGUAAAUAUGCUGAAGAUUACUACGAGGAAAUAGCAUCGGAAAUAGAAGCUGGAAACCUAGAUUCCUUAAAUCAGCUGCAUGCUGUGUGCGCGGGCUUGAAGGCGUUCAGCACGUGGAACUGCACAGCAGGAAUAGAAACGUGUCGUUUAUGUUGCGGGGGACAUGGGUAUUCCCACGCCAGCGGUCUGCCAAAGCUGUACGUCUUUUAUACGCCCGGUUGUACAUACGAAGGAGAGAAUAAUGUUAUGAUGCUUCAAGUUGCAAGAUUCUUGAUGAAAAUCUACCCUGAUAUAAAGAAAGGAGUACCUGUUCAUAAAUUUGUAGAGUAUUUAGGAGCUGAUCUUAAUCAGAAAUCUUGCAUGACGAAGGAGGUGGCCCUCAACUGUCUCGUUAAAGCUUACGAGCAUCGGGCAGCUAGAUUGGUUUCAGAGGCUGCUCUUUACAUUGAGAAGUUUGAAAGAUCGGGGAUAUCUCGUCAGGAAGCGUGGAAUGCAUCGACUGUUGUUCUUACAUGGGCUGCAAAGGCUUACUGUCAUACUUUUGUCGUCCAAACGUUUUCUCACAUUGUAAGUAAUGCUAAUGUAGACAAGACGACAAAAGAUGUCCUGAUGGCUCUCUGUAGGCUUUAUGCGGUUCAUGGAGUCGUCGAGAAUCUUGGAGAAUUUAUUCAGGAUGGAUAUUUUGGCCCUCUGCAAGUCUCCAUUCUUCAGAACAAACUUGCAGACCUUUUGGCUGAGAUCAGACCCAAUGCCGUUGCCCUAGUGGACGCAUUUGAUUAUCCCGACAAAAUUUUGGAUAGCUGUUUAGGCCGGUAUGAUGGCCAAGUGUACCGGGCUUUAUACGAAUACGCCAAAAGUUCCCCUCUCAAUAACAAAGAGGUUUUGGAUUCUUAUCACAAUUACAUCAAACCCGCACAAACUGGACGAAGUGAACGACAUCCAAUGGCUAGACUAUAAGUUCAAGCAGAGAUCCAAAAGUGAUAAAAUCUGUUCUCAUUCCUAAUAAAAAUAAUUCACUCCAUUAAGGAAUUAUCGAAAUGUCACCGAUGUUUCUGACUAUUAAAUUAUUCAUAUGACAGUUUAUUCAGAGCAAUAUUUAUGAAUAUAUAAAAAAUGGAAAUGUAACAAUAAAUGUUUU